AUGAGCAUUAUUGUGUGGAACUGUCGUGGGCUUGGAAACCUACGUACAGGGAAGGAACUCGAGGUAGUGACUCGGGAAAAAGAUCCCUCCGUCGUGUUUUUAGCCGAAACGUGGGCGGAUGAAGCAAGGCUAAAAGAAAUAAAACACAAUAUAAGCUUUGAAAAUCUCUUUUUUGUUGACAGGAAUAAUAGAGGAGGGGGUUUGGCCAUGUACUGGAGAAAUUCAAUCGAUGUUACUGUGGAGUCUUUCUCAAAAAACCAUAUAGAUGCGAUCGUGAAUAAGGGCAAGGAGGAUGCAUGGAGAUUCACAGGAUUCUAUGGAGAGCCAGUGACACAUAAACGCUUUGAAUCAUGGGAUAUGCUUCGACAACUAAAUAACCGGUUCCAUUUGCCUUGGCUUUGUGCCGGGGAUUUCAAUGAAAUAGUUAGCAGCACUGAAAAAUUAGGGGGGAAUAACAGAAGUCACAGCCAAAUGCAGUUAUUCAGAGAUGUUAUUGAUGAAUGUGGGUUUAUUGACUUGGGCUAUGAUGGAUCACCAUGCACAUGGCAGAAGCACUUUGUAGAUGGUCACUCCAUUUGGGAAAGACUUGAUCGUGGAAUGGCAAAUAAUGAAUGGUUCUUAAAGUUUGCUGGCACAAAAAUAUAUCACCUCUCCUCAAAUAAUUCGGACCAUUGCCCUCUAUGGAUCAUUCCCGAUGGUCUUGAGGUACCACAAAUCACAAAACCUUUCAGAUUCGAAGAAAUGUGGCUAGCAGAUAGGGGCUGUACAGAAAUUGUGGAAGCUGUUUGGGCAUCCCAUGAAGAGGCCGAACCUACUGUCAAAGUGACCAGAAAAAUAAAAAAAUGUGGGAAGGAAUUGCAUGCAUGGAACUGA